CAUCUGCACCCCUGGCCCUGCUCUGGGCUUCAGUGGAGCCGUGCCACCGUGGGAGGGUCCAGGGUCCUGACGUAGCCCUGAGACGUGGCCAGCUCCCUGGCCUGCUGCCCGCACAGUGGGCCCUUGUCUCUGCUCUGGGUCAGGCGAGGAAGCCACCCAUGAUGAGCUCUGCAGCCUUCCCGAGGUGGCCGCAGAGCAUGGGGGUCCCUCGUACCCCUUCACGGACAGUGCUCUUCGAGCGGGAGAGGACGGGCCUGACCUACCGCGUGCCCUCGCUGCUCCCCGUGCCCCCUGGGCCCACCCUGCUGGCCUUUGUGGAGCAGCGGCUCAGCCCUGACGACUCCCAUGCCCACCGCCUGGUGCUGAGGAGGGGCACGCUGGCCGGGGGCUCCGUGCGGUGGGGUGCCCUGCACGUGCUGGGGACAGCGGCCCUGGCGGAGCACCGGUCCAUGAACCCCUGUCCUGUGCACGAUGCUGGCACGGGCACCAUCUUCCUCUUCUUCAUCGCGGUGCUGGGUCACACGCCUGAGGCCGUGCAGAUCGCCACGGGAAGGAACGCUGCGCGCCUCUGCUGUGUGGCCAGCCGUGACGCCGGCCUCUCGUGGGGCAGCGCCCGGGACCUCACCGAGGAGGCCAUCGGUGGUGCCGUGCAGGACUGGGCCACAUUUGCCGUGGGUCCUGGCCACGGCGUGCAGCUGCCCUCAGGCCGCCUGCUGGUACCCGCCUACACCUACCGCGUGGACCGCCGAGAGUGUUUUGGCAAGAUCUGCCGGACCAGCCCUCACUCCUUCGCCUUCUACAGCGAUGACCAUGGCCGCACCUGGCACCGUGGAGGCCUCGUGCCCAACCUGCGCUCAGGCGAGUGCCAGCUGGCGGUGGUGGACAGUGGGCAGGCCGGCAGCUUCCUCUACUGCAAUGCCCGGAGCCCACUGGGCAGCCGUGUGCAGGCGCUCAGCACUGACGAGGGCACCUCCUUCCUGCCCGCAGAGCGCGUGGCUUCCCUGCCUGAGACUGCCUGGGGCUGCCAGGGCAGCAUCGUGGGCUUCCCAGCCCCCGCCCCCAGCAGGCCACGGGAUGACAGUUGGUCAGUGGGCCCCGGGAGUCCCCUCCAGCCUCCACUCCUCGGUCCUGGAGUCCACGAACCCCCAGAGGAGGCUGCUGGAGACCCCCGUGGAGGCCAGGUGCCUGGUGGGCCCUUCAGCCGUCUGCAGCCUCGGGCGGAUGGCCCCAGGCAGCCUGGCCCCAGGCCUGGGGUCAGUGGGGAUGUGGGGUCCUGGACCCUGGCACUCCCCAUGCCCUUUGCUGCCCCACCCCAGAGCCCCACGUGGCUGCUGUACUCCCACCCAGUGGGGCGCAGGGCUCGGCUGCACAUGGGUAUCCGCCUGAGCCAGUCCCCGCUGGACCCGCGCAGCUGGACAGAGCCCUGGGUGAUCUACGAGGGCCCCAGCGGCUACUCCGACCUGGCGUCCAUCGGGCCGGCCCCUGAGGGGGGCCUGGUUUUUGCCUGCCUGUACGAGAGCGGGGCCAGGACCUCCUAUGAUGAGAUUUCCUUUUGUACAUUCUCCCUGCGUGAGGUCCUGGAGAACGUGCCCGCCAGCCCCGAGCCGCCCAACCUUGGGGACAAGCCUCGAGGGUGCUGCUGGCCCUCCUGACAGGCCUUCUGGCUGUGCCCAUGCCCCUUGGGUGCCCGGGGCAGAGGGGUGGAAUACGUUGGGGUGCCCCACGAUAGCUGUGGGGGGCUCUUAGUGCAGGAUCCUGUGGAUUAGCAACAAGUUGCUCCUCAGAGCUCUCAAGCAGGGACUGCUCUUUAGGAAGGGGAGCAGCGGCUGGGAGUGAGCAGGGCAGGGUGGGGGCAGGGUGGGGGCACGAAUGGGCCCUGGGUGACCCCCACAGCUCCCUUCCGAGGCUGCAGGGCCAGGCGUGCCACCGCAGGUAGCCCAGGGUGUUGUGGGUGGCAGCACUUGCUUACUGGCUGCUUUCUGGCUCGAAAUAAAGGAAUCGUGCUUGUGUCGGGGUAGACGUUUCUUUCCUUUUCAGGUUCCAGCCCUGGGGAGGGGAGCUCUGCUGUAGCCCACUUCUCUGACCCCCAUCCCAAAAUCCCGCUGCCUUAGCAAAGCUCUACUCCUAAAUGUCCUGGGGCCAGUACAGGGAGGGCGGGAGGCAGGAAGCGGCCUCCGCCCUUGGCCUCCGGUGACAGUGAUUUGCAAGUGGUCUGCCGUGCUCUCUGAACUUCCUCCCGGAGGAGUAGGAGGUAGGGCCUCUCCCCGCAGAGUUGGACGCCAGGAGGGGGUCACCUUCCCAGUCCAGUGUCCUGCUCCCCUGACCCCACCCUGGAGGGGGCUUGGGCUCCACUGGGGCUGUUUCCCCAGGGAAAUUCCUUUUUAUUUCUUCUCCUUUCAUAGUCUUCAUUUCUGAUGAUAAAAGCAACAUAUGCUUACUGUAGAAAAUCUGGAAAAUGAGCCGGGCGCAGCGGCUCACGCCUGUAAUCCCAGCACUUUGGGAGGCCAAAGCAGGUGGAUCACCUGAGGGCAGGAAUUCGAGACCAGCCUUGCCAACAUGGUGAAAUCCUGUCUCUACUAAAAAUACAAAAAUUAGCUGGAUGUGGUGGUGUGCACCUGUAAUUCCAGCUACU